AUGGGAAAGUAUUGCUUUCAGGAAACAUUGAAAGAUUCGUUUACACUGAUUACAAGUUUAUCACAAGAUAUCAAGUGCCCGUUCUGCAAGAAAACGGUACCUUCUGAUGAAGCUGAAGUUCAUCUAGUAAUGUGUCUAACACGUCCUAAGAUAACAUAUAAUGAAGAUGAAUUAAGAGAAGACAAGGGAGAAUGUUCGAUAUGUCUUGAAGAAAUGUCUAGUGGUGAUCGAAUUGCACGUCUUCCUUGCUUAUGUAUCUAUCAUAAAAGCUGUAUCGAUGAAUGGUUUAAGCGCAAGAAUUGUUGUCCUGAGCAUCCAGGUUAUGACUAA